AUGUCGAGCGGAUUUCGCGUCUUACACCUGGUGCGGCCGUUCAUGAAGUUCCUUCCCGAGGUGAAGGCGGCCGAUCGUAAGAUUCCUUUUCGCGAGAAGACGCUCUACACCUGCGUCGCGCUGUUCGUCUUCUUGGUGUGCUCGCAGCUUCCGCUGUACGGGAUCAAUACCUCGAGUGGGGCGGAUCCGUUCUACUGGGCGCGGGUGAUCAUGGCGAGUAACCGCGGGACGUGCAUGGAGCUCGGGAUCUCUCCAAUCGUGACCUCUGGGUUGGUCAUUCAGCUCUUGUCGGGGUCGAAGAUCAUAGAGGUGGACGAGAGCGUGAAGGAGGAUAGGGCUUUGCUCAAUGGGGCGCAAAAACUACUCGGGGUGUUGAUCACCAUCGGUGAAGCCGUGGCGUACGUCGUGAGCGGGAUUUACGGCGACGUUCGAGACCUCGGCGUGGGCAACGCCUUGCUCAUCAUCAUUCAGCUCUUCUUUGCGGGGAUCAUUGUGAUUUGCCUGGAUGAAUUGCUGCAAAAGGGCUACGGUUUGGGAUCUGGGAUCUCUCUGUUUAUCGCCACCAACCAGUGCGAGUCCAUCAUCUGGAAGGCGUUCUCUCCAACCACGGUGAACACUGGUAGAGGCACCGAGUUCGAGGGCGCCAUCAUUGCCCUCUUCCACCUCGUGCUCACGCGCACGGACAAGAUUCGUGCGCUCAAGGAAGCGUUCUACCGCACCAACCUGCCGAAUAUCACCAACCUUCUGUCGACGAUUCUCAUCUUCCUCAUCGUCAUCUACUUCCAAGGUUUCCGCGUCGAUUUACCGAUCCAAUCCAAGCAAAACCGCGGCUACACGGCGAACUACCCGAUCAAACUCUUCUACACGUCGAACAUGCCGAUCAUCUUGCAGUCUGCAUUGGUGUCCAACCUUUAUUUCAUCUCGCAGCUCUUGUACAAGAAAUACGGUGGAAACUUCUUUAUCCAACUAUUCGGUCGCUGGCAAGAGAGCGAUAGGAGUGGACAGCUCAUCCCGGUCGGCGGCUUGGUGUACUACAUCUCACCACCGACGUCGCUAGCUGACGUCGCGGCGAACCCGCUGCACGCCAUCUUCUACGUGACGUUCAUGCUCUCCGCUUGUGCAUUGUUCUCGAAGACUUGGAUCGAAAUCGCGGGUUCCUCCGCGAGAGACGUCGCGAAGCAACUCAAGCAGCAGCAAAUGAUCAUCAGAGGUCACCGCGAUAUCAAGAUUGAGAAGGAGCUCAACAGAUACAUCCCGAUCGCCGCGGCUUUCGGUGGCAUGUGCAUCGGUGCGUUGACGAUUGUGGCGGACUUCUUCGGUGCUAUUGGCUCUGGUACUGGUAUUUUGCUCGCGGUGACGAUCAUCUAUCAAUACUUUGAGACGUUUGAGAAGGAGCGCGCGUUCGAGAUGGGCGCAAACGUCUUCGGGUAG